UCCUGAGUUUUCGAGGCGAGGAUACGCGCUUUACUUUUACAGAUCAUUUGCACACCGCUUUGGAUGAUAGGGGAAUUAAGACCUUCAUAGAUGAUGAGCUCAGAAGAGGAGAAGAAAUAUCACCGGCUCUUCUCAAAGCAAUUGAGGAGUCAAGAGUUUCAAUCAUCGUCUUCUCUCAAACUUAUGCUGCCUCAAGGUGGUGCUUAGACGAACUGUUCAAGAUACUUGAAUGCAGAAAAUCAAAAACACGUACAAGAGGUCAUACCAGUUUUCUACAAAGUGGAUCCCUCAGAUGUACGACAUCAAACAGGUGAUUUCGGUGACGCAUUUGCUACACUUGAUCAAUGCAAAUACAAGGAUAGCAUGGAUAAAUGGAGGGCAGCUCUUAAGGAAGCAGCAGAUUUGUCUGGAUGGCCUUUCAAGGAUGACGAAUCCGAGGCUAAAUUUAUCAAGAGAAUUGUUGGGGAAUUGUCCGCCCAAGUAAUAAACCCUUCAUGUGAGUUGCACGUUGCUGAACAUCCAAUUGGCUUAGUGUCUUGUAGACAAGAUGUCAACAGACUUUUACACGCCGAGGAAAAUAUUGUUCACAUGGUAGGCAUAUGGGGGCCUGGUGGAAUAGGAAAGACCACAAUUGCGAAGGAUGUGUUUAAUUCAAUUCGCCAUAAGUUUGAAGAUAGCUGUUUCUUGACAGAUUUUAGAUCAAAAGGCCUAGCCCAACUGGAAGAGACACUUUUGUCUAAUAUUUUAAGGGACCCAACUUUGAAGGUGAGUAGUGUUGAUGAAGGAGUCAGUUUUAUAAAGACAAGGAUGUGACAUAAAAAAGUUCUCUUAAUCCUUGAUGACGUGAGUCAUUCUAACCAAUUACAGAACUUAGUUCCAUCCCCUGAUUAUUUGGGCUAGGCAGUAGAGUUCUCAUAACAACAAGAGAUAAACGUUUGCUAAUUUCUCAUCAAGUUGAUGAAGUAUAUGAGGUCAAAAUGUUAGAUUAUGAUCGAGCUUUGGAGUUGUUUAGUUUGAAUGCAUUCAAAAGAAAUGGACCUCCGGGUGAUUAUCUGAAACUUGCACAACGUGCUGUACGCUAUGCCCGGGGCCUUCCAUUAGCUUUGAUAGUUUUAGGCUCUCAUCUGUAUGGGAGAGGCAGA